GUAACGUCACUCCCCAUGUUCCUCAGGACAAAGGGGCCUCCCACCCCUGCAGCCCAGCCUCCACCGUUCCUGGGGAUUUGAUCAGCCUUGAUGUGUGGGAGCAGUUGGAGCAGCACCUUCAGAAGAGGUUCCUGCUGCAGCAGCAGGAGCACUGGGGUGGCCUGCCCCGCAGCAUCCAGUUAUCCCUGCAACUGAGGCUGCCUGAUGGCCAGUUUCCAGAGGUGGGUCAGGCACAGGGAAGGCAGGAUCCCUGGCAGCUCUCUGCAUUUAUGGGCAAAAGUAGUCAGGAUGCAGAGAAGAUGAGGUCCAGCGGUCCAGCAAGGAUCCCACCAAGGACACACCUGGACAUGGAUGUGGGGCCCAGUGAAAGGAGGAGCCUAAAACACCUGUGCUCUGGCUCAGCCAGCAUCCCAGGGAAGGGCCUGGGGGUGAGCUGUGAGGAGUCAGGAAGAGACUUGAUGGGGUCCUCAACAAGCAGGCUGGACAAAAAUGUCCUGAGAGUCCAUUUGGACAGAACAGUGGGGAAGGUUAGUGAUGAUCAGGACCCUGUGGAUGGUCAUCCUCCCAGGCUUGCUGCCAGCCUCCCUGGAAAGUCAAAUGUUCACAGGGAAGCCAAACAUCCAGCAUCUCCUAAGGAUCUGGAACCCUGCAUGAACUCCUGCCCUGAGCUUUCCCCUCUCAGUUCACACACUCAACAGGUGCUGGAAGCACAUAUUAAAAAGUUUCAAGUGAGGCACAGGUGGGGCCUUCCUCUCAGGAUCCUCAAGCCCAUCAAAGCCUUUAAGUUGACAAGGGCUCAACACUCGCCCCUCCUGAAUUCCCUCGGUAUCUUCUCAGCCACCUGUGUAUCCAGGGCCCUCCCAAGUGCCGAUUUUGCCAAGUUCUUGGACAAACCUGUUCAUUCCCUUCCAAAAGAGAAAGUGAAAGGAGAAUCUUUAGUUCCCACACCGGUGGGUCCCCUCGCUGUCCCUUCACUUGCAUCUGAAAUCCAGAGUGCCCUGGGAAGGACCCCAACUGGUAAUUGCCAUGGGCCCUCAGUGGCUCCUCUGACUAGACAGGAGGACAGGCUGACUCCUCUGUCCCUCAACUAUACAUCUAAUGGCAGAAUGUGGCAUAGUGAGACCUCCACAGAGGCCAAGGAAGGCUGCUGGGUGUUAAGUCCAAGUUUAGUAGCGACCAGCAAUGAGCCAACUAAGGAGAAUAAUAGGAAGCCUGCCCCAGCAGAGCACAGAGAAGUGUGGGCAGGACUGAGGGCCUCACAAGCCAGUAGGAUGCAUACUGCCCAGGAAAAGAAAUCAGGAGAGUCCUCAAGAAGCAGGUCCUGCCAACUCGAGCAGAAGGGACAGGUUCCUCCAGAAAACCUCUUCAGAAAAGGAAUGAGGUGCUUUCUGCAAUGGAUCCUCCCCGGGAAAAGCGAAGGACAGAAAAAGCCCCCGCAAAAAGGCACACCUGCACCAGCCCUUGACCAGAGCUGGGAACCAGACAAAAGCAGGUCACUUAUGGACAGCAGAGCUGCUGAGGCUCAGGAGCUCAUGACAGCUGUGAGACAGAGUCUUGAGGAAAAACUAGCAUUCCACUAUGGACUCCAAGCCUCACGGUCCCAUUGGCGCAGAGGAGAACUCCAGGCUCCAGCAGGCCCGCAUCUCUGCCACCAGAGGGUUCUCUGCUAUGAAGAGCAGAGAAGAAUGAUGAGAGGGAUGGCCGAUGGUCGCCAAGCCACCCCUAAUGGCCACAACUGGUCCAACAAGAGUGGGUGGACCACAAACAGGGACAGCAAGGGGGCCUUCCCACCCAGGGACCCAUGGUCCCCAGGAAGACCCUGCCAACAUGGGCCAAUGGUGGCAGGGCUCUCAGGCCGCCCCCGUCACUGCCCACGGCACUGUCCCCUUCGAAAAUAUGUCUCCUCUGCCCAACCAGUGUCUGCUGCUCAUGCCUUUCCUACUGGCACUUUUCUCUAAGAAAAAAUGAACACCGGGCAGACAGAGACUUUUUGCUCUCGUGUGAGCAUGUCAUCCUCUAUGUACUAAUGGCUUCUUCCUACCCCAAAUCUAAUUGUUUCCCAAAAUAUAUGUGUUUUUUUUUUCCUCAUGGAAGCUGGUGACCUCUGUCUGUGGCCUGCAGGGUCAAG